UUUUCUUCUGCCGAGUGCAGCAUUCUUUUAUAAAGUAUUGUGUUAAAAGUGUGAAAUUCUCACAGCAAAGCUCAAUAAUUUAACCUAAAUUUAGAAAAUCAAAAUCAGAGAGAAAGAUGGCAAGUGAGAGAAGAAUUGGUGUUGCAGUUGAUUUCUCAGGAUGUAGCAAGAAAGCUCUGAAAUGGGCAAUUGACAACGUUGUUCGUACUGGUGAUCAUCUUAUCCUUCUUAAUAUCCAACCUGAAGGUUACUAUGAAGGUGGUGAAAUGCAACUCUGGGAAACCACCGGUUCUCCUUUGAUUCCGUUGAGUGAGUUCUCAGAUGCUGUAAUCAUGAAGAAGUAUGGGGUGAAACCUGAUGCUGAAACCUUGGAGAUUCUUAACUGUGCUGCUAGCCAGACAGAGAUUGUGGUGGUUGCAAAGAUCUUUUGGGGGGACCCACGUGAGAAGUUAUGCUCAGCAGUUGAUAACAUUCCUCUCAGUUGUAUCAUCAUUGGGAAUAGAGGACUCGGGAAGCUCAAGAGGGCUAUCUUGGGCAGUGUUAGUAACUAUGUGGUGAGCAAUGCAUCUUGUCCCGUCACCGUGGUGAAGCAAGGUGAAACUUCAGCCUAGUUCCUACGUCUGCUCUCUCUCUCUCCCUGCUAUUUCCACUGUCGGAAGUGGGAGCCUAUGUAUGUGUUCUGUUUGGAACUUCAGUAAAUAAAAACCAUGUUGUUGUGUGUGUCUGUCUGGGUGUAAUGUAAAAACAGUUCAUGGUUUAGGACCUUUAGGUUGUAAUUUUCUGGCUUUGUGUUAUGUAAUGAUGAUAUCAACUCAAUUCUAAGAGCUCUUCUUCUUGCAAGGGAUGGUAACCUAAAUAGAAUCUCUUUUUUGUGAAGCUAAUAAGAUCUUUGUUUGGAGAAGUAAA